AUGGCAGAACACCAAAACACCCUGGGCCGCAUCAGCGACCGUGUCGUGAAGCUGUGCACCUCAACCGAGACGGUCUCGUCGCUCCUGGCCAGGGAACCCGGCCUUGCGCCUGCCGACGCCUGGGAAAGACUUUACGGCCAGCAUGCCCUCAAAGCCGCGGCCCGUGAUGAUGCCGAGGACGAAGACGCCGCAACCCCCGAACCGGGCCCGGUUGAGGCGGACGCCCUGCAGACGGCUGCAAGCUGCGGCAAGUGGGGGCCGACGCAGCCCAGCGAGCUCUUCCUGCAGAUAUACCACGACGCCCUGUGCACGCUCAACGACAGCCCUGUCCCCGCCAUGGUGAGCCUGCCGCUCAUGGGCAGCUGUGGGGUCAUGCCCCUGACCAUCAUCUCUGUUGUGCCUGACAUUGUCCGCCACAUGUCCAAUGUCAUUGUUAGGGCCGAGCGAGAGGUCUUCCUCGCCACUAACUACUGGCAGGACAGCGUCGCCUCCAAGUUCCUCACAGACGCUAUCCGUGAGCUGGACAGACGAGCUGGCGAGCGCGGGUCAAGGGUCGUCGUAAAGGUUCUCUAUGACCGGGGCAGCCCGAAGCAGCUGAUCGAGCCACACUACAUCGUCUCCGAGAAGGCCUUCACCGGCAAGAAUGUCAAACUGCCCCAGCCCUGCGAAAUCCAAAACAUCGAUAUGGAGGUCAUGAACUACCACACGCCACUCCUAGGCACAUUUCACUCCAAGUACAUGGUGGUCGACCGCAAGAUUGCCCUCCUGCAAAGCAACAACAUCCAGGACAACGACAAUCUCGAGAUGCUGGUCCACCUGGAGGGUCCUAUCGUAGACUCGCUGUACGACAUGGCCCUCAUCUCGUGGCACAAGAAGCUGGACCCCCCCUUGCCGAGCGCCAACUCGCCCGCUGCCCAAGGAGGUCUAGGAUCUUGGCCCAGCGAGGAGUCGAAUGGUUCUGCCGUCAAGGGGGGGUCGCGGCAUGAGAAUGGCAGAGUACGGGAGCCCGGGGUUGUUGAUCCGUCGGUGCCUGCGGCGAGCAGCGACACGACGCGGGCUGACACGUUGACCGGACCAUCGACAACAGAAGGGGGCACCCACCCCCAUCCGACUCAGCCCCAACCGACUGGUGCGGAGGCUACUGGUGGCGACGAGCAGAAGAGUAGCCUCCGCAGCCAGGCCCCCAAUGGAGCCGCCGACAAGCAGGCCGAAACGUACUUGGCCAAAGGCGAACAGUCCAUCCCCCAAAACCAGAUGCAGGAACCUACUCCGCCAGACAGCCCCCUCCCAGAGCACGACUCUGAGGACCCGCACUACGACGUCGAUAUUGCCGGCGAGGUAGCGCGCGUGCAGACGGCCGUGUCACCCAAGCCGCACGAGACGCGCAUGCAGGCAGUGACGCGGCUGCUCAACCACACGGUGAACAAGGGGUUCGAGGGCGACGCCCCCAAGAGCCCACCCGGCGAGGAGAUGACGCCCUACAUUGCCCAUCCCGCCCACGAGCCGUUCCCCAUGGCCCUCGUCAACCGCGCGCCCUACGGCCCGCCGACCCACAAGUCCGUGUCCAACCCCCAGAACGCCGCCUGGAUCUCGGGGCUGCGCCACGCCAAGAAGUCCGUCUUCAUCCAGUCGCCGACGCUCAACGCCGAGCCCGUCCUCCCGGCCAUCCGCGAGGCUUGCGAGCGAGGCGUCGACGUGUACUGCUACAUCUGCCUCGGCUACAACGACGCCGGCGAGCUCCUGCCCAAGCAGGGCGGCCACAACGAGAUGGUGGCGCACAAGCUGUACGAGUCGCUGUCCGCGGCGGCGCGGCAGCGGCUGCACUACUUCUGGUACGUGGCCAAGGACAUGACGCGGCCGCUAGUACAAGAGCACAAGAAGCGCAGCUGCCACAUCAAGCUCAUGAUCGUCGACGAGCGCGUCGGCAUCCAGGGCAACGGCAACCAGGACACGCAGUCGUGGUUCCACUCGCAGGAGAUCAACGUCAUGCUCGACAGCGCCGCCGUUUGCCGCGCCUGGACCGACGCCCUGCGCCGCAACCAGAACACGCACAUCUACGGCGCCCUCGACCAGGAGCAGGGCCUGUGGCUCGACGGCGACGGUAAUGAGGCUGAGGGUGUUAUUGGCGUCGAUCCCGGCAGGUUCAGCUGGGCUAGGGGCGUCGUCGGGGCUAUCAAGAGAGUUCAAGGGACCGGCGGGUUUUAA